UUUCUAUGUAGUUCUCCGACAAAGCAAUGUUUGGUUUUGUUUGUUGGGAAUCUCUAUAGAUGUAUUUAUGUAUGUAUGAUGUUGUCGAGGUGACAGAAGAUAGAAAAACAUCGGAGUCAGCAGUGAGAAGAAUUUGCAUUAAAGAAGGGCUGUUGGCGGCGGACGGUGAUGAGGGAGGAUCCUGGAGAGAACCAUUUCAUCUCCUCACCAACCAAGGCGAAAGAACAACGAGGUCAAGAUGAAAGCACUGGCGAUUAGCAACCUCAUCCUACUGGCAGCAACAACGACAACAUUCGUGGUAGAAGCAGCAGUCCAACUACAUGCCGGGGUGCAACUCAACGAAAACAACUUCGACGCGACUGUCAAACACGGCUUAUGGUUUCUCGAAUGCUACUCACCAUUCUGUCCUCAUUGCAAACGCUUUGCACCCACAUGGAUCCAGGUGGUUGACAAGAUGAAACACUACGAAGAUGAGGGAUUGAAGCUGGGACAGGUGGAUUGCAUCGCCCAAGGAGAUCUCUGUAUCCGGCUUAACAUCGAGUUUUAUCCGCAAAUGAAACUCUAUGAAGAUGGACAAGUCGUCGAAUCUUAUAGCGGCGAAAAAGAUGUAGAAGCGAUUGCGAAGUAUCUAGAACAGAAGGUAGAAUGGUACCAGUCAAGACACCCGGACAGGAAGAAGAACCCACUGAACGAGCCGCCAGAAGGGCCGACGAUUUCGGAGUCUACGACAGAGUCUACUGACACAGGCAAACCUGAUUCCUCCAAGUCGACGCCUUCGUCCCCUUCUUCUUCUUCUUCUUCUUCAUCAUCCUCGGGCUCACAUCCAUCCGAUCAUCCUGUAUCUCAACCCGAUUCCGACCACCCAGCCGUCAUCCAACCUGCCACUCCUACCACUCCUACUACCACCACUACCACCACUACGGCUAUCGAAACUAAACCCAAAAUACAAACUCAUACCCCGAUCAUACAGGCCCCGAAUCCGCUCGGACAGAUCAUCGUUCUCGACCACUUUAAUUGGAACUCAUUCAUCAAUCCAUCUAUUACUCCUCAUCCCUUAUUCAUCCACUUUCAAACAGCAUGGUGCAAAGAGUGUCGAAAACUGACUCCAGUGUGGGAAGAAACAGCACGGCUCUUGAAAGAGAAAGCCAACGUUGCCCAAAUAGAUUGCGACUUGAAAGAGAAUAAAGAGCUCUGCAAUAGUCAACAUGUCACCCAAUUCCCCUCGUUCAUCUUAUAUCAUGAUGGAAUUAAGCUCGAUUAUACCGGCCCCAAAGCGGCCUCAAAGCUCAUCGAAUUCGUCGAAAAGGCCAUAUCCACACCCGGCUCGCAUGAAAUGAAGAGCUUGGACGAAUUUGAUCAAGCAGUAGAGAAAAAGAACCUAUUCUUUUUAUUUCUUCAUUCUAGUGGGACGCCACUGGCGGUGAUUGAAGCUAUCCGGACGGUAGGGAAAGGCUUUCUAGGCUCGACGGAGAUCAUGAAGACCGGAAACCAGGCGAUAUAUGAGCGUCUGGAGCUGCCGUCGAGCCGGGCAUAUCUUUUAGUAUUUAAAGAGAAUGAACGACGACCGUGGGCAAAGUUAGAGCUGGAAGAAGGAGGAGGAGGGUCUAAGGACGAGCGUCAAGCGAAGCUCACACAAGCGAUCCAACACUGGAUCGCCCUGCAUUCGAUCCCAAUCCUCGCCCAACUAGACCGCCAAAACUUGCACCGGAUCUUCAACUCUGGGGCCCGCAAACUCGUCGUCCUUCUCUGUCUCAACCAUCCCUCUCGCAAGCCCGACGAUACGAGUCUCGACAAGCACCCGGAGGCCGUCGCGCUUAGAGAGCAGGCCAAACUCUGGGCAGUCCAGUGGCGCAAAAGCCAGCUCGCUAGGGACGUCGACGUGCCGAUUGAUUGGGUCUGGCUGGAUGCUCAGGAAUGGAGCGAUUGGCUCUACGAUUCGUAUGGAGUGAUUCUCCCUAAACCAUCCAAAGAAGGCUUGAAAGAAUCAAGUACCAUGCUGGUUGUCGAUCCUUAUCACCAUCUUUACUUCGACCAUCAAGAAAAUCGCGCACCGAUCUCCUUCAAACCCACCUCGAUCUUCCAAACCCUACUGGCUAUCGAAAUCGGAAAGGUCGGCGGUAACGUUUCCGGAUCGUUUGGCAGUCGGAUGGGCUGGAGGUUUCAUCGAUUGACUCAUUCCAUCAAGACGAUGAUCGGCCCACAUUACGUGAUACUAUGGAUGAUGAUCCUCAUAAUCGUCAUCCUGUGGCUAAAGACUUCGCAAAGCCAACGACGCCGAGGCUCAGGAGGCUACAAUUCCUUAUCCCCUCAACCUUCGAAGCCGUUCCUCCAUUCCUCGUCUUCUUCUUCCAACGAUUCGGGGACUCUCGGUGGUGGUGGUGGUGCUGGAAAACCGCCUGGCUUCGCUACCGUCUUCGGACUUAAUUCUAACGUCGCUUUUAAGGCCGAUUAACUCUUCCCUCCCCCCUUUUUUUGUUUCUCAUACUCCAAAAUCUCUCUCGAUAUAUAUAUUCCUCGUUCUUUGUUUCUUUGUCUUGUCUCAUGUAUUUCACUCAAACACUUAUUUCGGUGGUUCCAAUUGUUUCUCCCCCUUUACACAACAGUACCACAACACUAGAAACAAAAAUCACAGUGUAGAAAUGGGAGAGGUCAUAUA